AUGGUGUUAAGGAAGCCGAUCUUCGCCAACAAGGAAGACGCCAACGCCCGUGAAGCGUUGAAGCUCUAUGAAGGCAAGCAGUACAAAAAGGCCUUGAAGCUCGUGGACCAGAACCUCAAGAAGAACCUGUCCCAUGGCGAAUCGCUCGCUUUGAAAGGUUGUUGCAACUACUUCUUGGGUCACAAGGACGACGCCGAAUCGUACAUUUUGAAGGCCACUGCUAAAGAUGCUGGAAACUACUUGGUCGACCACUUGGCCGGUAUCUACUACAGAACCGUCGAGAACUACGCUGAGGCUGCAAAGUGGUUCAAGGCUGCUGUGGACAAUGGCCUGCCUAACACCAUGGUUCAAAGAGACCUUUCUCUUUUGCAAUCGCAGGUUCGUGAUUUCAAGAACUUGACUACCAGCAGACAGGCCUUUUUGGAGUCCCAGCCAGGUUACAGAGCCAACUGGACCGCUGUGGCUGUUUCUCACCACUUGAACAAGGACUACGAUGCUUGUGUGAACACAUUGGCCAAGAUCGAAAAGAUCAUCAAGGAGCAUCUUCAGGAACAGGACCGCUACGAACAGAGCGAGUGUGUGUUGUACAAGAACAGCGUCAUUGCUGAAGCUGGAAACUACGGUAGAGCCUUGGAGGAUCUUGAAGCCGACAAGGAGGAAAUUAGAGACAUGACGUCGUACAUGGAGUACAGAGCUCGUUACCUCAUGCUUUUGGGCAAACAGAAGGAGGCGUCUGUGGUGUACCGUCAGUUGUUGCAGAGAAACCCUGACGAUGUGGGCUACUACAACCUCUUGGAAGCCUGCUUGGGCACGGCCUCUGGACCAAUUGAAAAGCGUCUUGAGCUUUACGACAAGUUGGCCAGAUUUUACCCGAAAAGUGACCCAGCACAGUACCUUCCAUUGACGUUUUUGCCUGCUUCCCACCCUGAGUUUGAAAGAAGAGCAUCGUUGUACGUCUUGGCCCAGUUGAAGAGAGGUGUUCCAGCGACUUUCGUCAACGUCAAGCCCCUCUACAAGAACAAGAAGAAGUUGGCGGUUAUUCAGAAAAUCGUCGAGACCUUCCUUGCCGAGGAGGUACCAAAGCACAACCCUACUGUGUUCGUGUGGGCCUCCUACUUCUUGGCCCAGCACUACCUCUACUUGAACAAGUUGGACACCGCCAUGGACCACGUUCAAAAAGCCCUCGACCACAGCCCUACCCUUGUGGAAUUGUACAUUCUCAAGGCGAGAAUCACCAAGCAUUACGGCAAGUUGGAGGAGGCCAAGGAUAUCAUGGAAGAGGGCCGUCUUUUGGAUUUGCAAGAUAGAUUUGUGAACUCCAAGGCUGCCAAGUACCUCUUGAGAGCCAACCAUGUUGACAAGGCUGUGGAUGUCGUGUCGUUGUUCACCAAGCUAGAUGAGAGUGCCGUGAAUGGCCUUAAAGACUUGCACACCAUGCAAGCCAACUGGGUUUUGGUGGAAAGUGCUGAGGCCUACCAAAGACUAUAUGAACAAAAGACCGCUGAAUUAAAGGCCUUGCCGGAAGAUACUCCUCAGGGCGAAAUUGCCGAGGCUGUUGACCAGGCUGACAUCUACAGAGGUUUGGCAUUGAAGCGGUACUUGGCCAUUCUCAAGGUUUUCAAGACCUUCAGUCUGGACCAAUUCGACUUCCACUCCUACUGCAUGAGAAGAGGUACUCCUCGUGAUUACAUUGACACGUUGAAGUGGGAGGACAAACUCCACUCUACUCCCAUUUACGUUCGUGCCGUUAAAGGCCUCUUCAAGCUCUAUUGGGAGAUCUACAACGACCACAAGACCCAGAAUGGCGACGACAAGGCAUCGAAGAAGAAGAACAAGAAGAGCAAGCCGCUUAAUGUUAAGAAAAAGAGCGAGAUGAUCGCCAGAGUCGAAUCUGAAAAAGACGAUGCCGACCCAUUGGGCGCCAAGGUGCUCCAGGACCUCAAAUCCAGCGAUCAUCUUUUCAAAGACAUGGAGGGAUUUGUCACACAAUUGACCAAGGAGGCCGACAACUACAGAUUCACGUGGGAGCUUUCGUUUGAUUUACAUAUUGAGGACGCCAAGUACGUGCUUGCGUUGCAAGCGCUCAAGAACUUGGCCAAGCUCGAGACGCCAAAGUCGCCUCAGGUGCCAACGCUGCGAUUGUGA